GUUUGGGGUGUGAUGCAAGAACAAACAAGAACUAUGAAUGCAAGUGUAGUGGCGAAGAGAGAGAGAGAUAUAUAUAUAGAGAGAGAUAGAUAGGUAUAGAUGGGGGGGGACGCCUCUGCAUAAGAACGGAACAAAGAAAGGCUUGGGAUUAUUCAGUUUCUCACAACAAACUGUGUACAAGUCGCUGUUAGUUUUUCCAAUUAAGUGAUCAAACCAAAGAUGAAGCAAAAAGUAACUUUAAAGGUCCAAAUGGAGCGUGAAACUUGCAGAAACAAGGCUUUCAAGAUAGUUUCUGUCGUUAAAGGUGUGAGUUCGGUGUCCAUGAACGAUAAAGAUCAGUUGGUGGUGACCGGGGAAGACGUAGACACAGUCUGUCUGGGAAAGCUUCUGAGGAAGAAGUUCAGUUCUGUCACUGUUCUCACGGUGGAAGAAGUGAAACCUAAGGCUCCCGAGGAGAAGAAGAAGAAGGAAGAAAAAGACAAAGACAAACUCAAAACGUGUUCCAUUUCUAUUGUACCUUUGAAUCCCUGCUCAAGCCGCCACAGCUCAAAUUGUCACGGCGGCGACUGCCAGCCCUGCCCGCAGAUACUCCCUAACCCUAACCUGAACUGUCAUGGAACCUGCAAAUCUUGCUCAAACUGUGAAAACUUGAAGCGCCAUGGAAACUGUAAGCCAUGCACAAGGUGUGGGAGCCCUAAGUGCCUUGGAAGCUGUAAGCCAUGUUUUAGGUGUGAGAGCUUCAAGUGCCAUGGAAGUUGCAAGCCUUGUUUCAGGUGCCGGAGCUACAAGUGCGAUGGUGGGUGUACUUCUUCUUUGUGUCUCCGACCACCGUGCACCGGGCAGUGUCCAUCGUGGAUCCCAUGUUCCAGCUGCUGCUUUAAGAAUCCGCCUCCUACCGAUCUCUGCGAUGAAUGUUACAUUUACAUUUAUUUAUUAGUAAUUGUUGUAAUUGUGAUUUCCGUUUUUGCAAAAACAUGCUGUUGAAUAGUAAAUAUAAAACUGCAAUAUAUUGACAGAAAGAGAGAGAGUCAACAUGUGGAUAACA